AUUUUGCCGACUAUUGCAGAGCUUGGUCCUAUAAAAGCCACAGUGCCUUGCAUUCGCUACCAGUUUUGCUUCAGGGGCCACGCUAUGAUGAAUGUCCUUAACGUGCUCCUGCUAUGCCUAACGGCCGCGUGUGCGGUGCCGGUGCACUUCCCCGUUGGAAAAACGGUGAUUUACAAGUACUACGCCGAUGUGAAAGCCGGGAUUAUUGAGCCAGCGCAAUACGCCUCCCAGUUCGCUCUGAACGGACAGCUUCAUGUAAAGAAGGACGUCAGCGACCCGACUUUGAGAAAUGCCUACUACGUCAAACUACAAGACGUGAAAUACGGCAUGUACAAUGGUAUGAGUGUACAUCACCAACCGAUUGAAGUGCUUCACGAACUCGGCGAGGCCGCGCAGCAGAUUCAAGAUCCGUUCUUGGUCGUCUACGACAGGAGCGGCAAGUUCCAGGGCAUCAAAGUGCCGGAGACCGAGAGCGGUUGGUCGCGAAACAUCAAGCAGGGUAUCGCCUCGAUGUUGCAGCUGGACUUGUCUCACGUCCAAUUGGUAACCCCGAUCAAGCCACAUGCCUUCGUCACUACUGAGAACACCAUCCACGGCACCUGCCACGUCGCCUACGAUGUUCAGCCGAAAGUCCCGGUGCAUCCGGAAACCAGCAACGUCUUCGUGGUCACGAAGUUGCACGACCUUAAGAACUGCAGCCACUUCGUCCAGCGUGUCUUCGACCACGCCGAGUGCGAGAAAUGUCAUGUGGAGCCAGUGGAUGACAUGAGCACUGCCGCCAGAAGAGUCUUCGAGAUUGAGAAACAGGACGACGAAAUUCUUAUCAAGCACUUGAUCGCCCAUUCGGUUAUCAAUUACUUCCCCUACAGCGCUCGAUCUGAAGCUCACUAUCUCUUGACCAACACUACCUUGACCUUGGACAACACGGUGUCGACAACCGAGACCUAUUUGCCGGUUGUAAACUUCCAAAACAUACCUCUGAUCCGCGACGUUACCUUUAACAAACCCGUGGGAAAUUAUGCCAUCCACGCUGCGGAGGAUCUCACUCACGGUCGACAUAUCGUUAAACUGGACGCGCUUAUUCCUAAACUCAAGAAGAUGUUGGCCGAAGCUGCCGAUUACCUCGAAGAGAAUCACCUGGAGGCCAAAGAACCCGAUUGGAAGCACGGACAAACCAUCAACCGAUUGCAACACACCAUGAGCUACAUGGACCUGGGUUCGUUGGAACAAGUGUUCACUGCUAUUCAAGACCCGAAAACACCCAAGGAAGUCACGAUGAAGAAUAUCUUCUUGCAAAUGAUCCCGACUGUGGGCACCACUGCCGCCUGUCACUUCACGCGUAACGUUAUCCGCAAACACAAGGUCACCGACAUGACCGUCAUGACGAUGCUGGCGAAACUGCCGAUGCACGUCAAAGUGCCCUCCGAGAGAUUGCUUUUGGAAAUGGAAGACUUACUGAAGUUGGACAACGUCGUGUCGCCGCAAGUCCACAAGGCCAGCAUUCUCUGCUUCUCUACCUUGAUUCACAGGACGUUCAUGCACCAAUCCGGUGAAACCGUCAACCCGCUGCUCAACAGAUACCUUCAUCGUUUCUUCGAUCAUGUCAUGAGAGAACCGUAUGACAUGAAAAUAGUCUAUCUGAUGGCAAUCAAGAACGUCCAAGUGGGCAACAUCGAGAAGCUCUUGGAACCGAUCAUCCGCGGCGAAGUUACGGUUUCCGAGCACCCGCACCAUACCCGCGUGCAGGCGAUCUGGGCCAUCAAGAAGGCCGUCGCUGAUAAAGUCGAGUACACUCACAACCUGCUAUGGCCUAUCCUUGCCGACGUCACCCAACCGCUUCCUCUCAGGAUUAUGGCUUAUGACGUUCUGAUGAGCCAGAUGCCAAACAUGCAACGAAUGAUGAACAUCUACUGGCUCAUGGUCUACGAGCAGAACAAUCAUCUGUACAACUACCACCUCACCACCCUGAAGGGUCUCGCAAAUUCCGUGGACCCAUGCCUCACGCCAAUCCGCGAAAUGGCCAGGAAAUUCAUGCGCUAUACGAGGAUCAGGCCGAUCACCACCGAACUGUCGUCCAAAGUUUUCUCCGAUUACAUCGAUUCUGUAUACGACCACGGCCAAUCUUGGACUACCUCGAUGGUCUUGCAUGAACUGACUGGUUUACCGCACGCCGGAUACAGCGAACUUCGUACGACGAUCGCUCGCAAACCUGUCGACAAGUUUGGCAUCUAUUGGAGCGCCUAUGGCAUGGACGAGAUUUUGAAGAUAGUGAAGAAAGAGUUGAUGGGCACCAAGAUCGAAAAUCUCACCAACAAGAAUGUGCUAAACAUUCUGAGCCGCGCUGCACUUGACAUGCCCAAGAAGAAUGCCAUUCAUGUUGACAUCUGCAUCACGCGGCACGGCCAUGUGACUUUCGCCGGCCACUACGAUCAGAAUUAUAUCACUAAGCUGCCUGAGGAACUACUACCCUUCAUGAAACAGACCUUCCUCAACUACCAAGACAUCAUAUACGACACUCUCUAUGAGAUGCAGGUGCCCACCGAUAUGGGUCUGCAGGCGGUUCUUAGCACCAAGAUGCCACACAUGUUGUCGUUGAGGUACAACGUUUUGACUGACGUCAAUAGUCCUUCCCCGAACAAGAAGAUCGAGUUCGACUUCCGUCAGUGGAGACACGGCGAGUACGCCAUGUCGAUCUACAAUCCGAUCGCGGACGUUUGGCACUCGAUACGCAGGUCCACUACUCAGGACACCGCGUGGCCGUUGGAGAUGAACGUCGGUUACAACCACGAGGCGAAGAGUCUCAAGGUCAACAUACCGAGAUUACCAGUCACCAAGCUGUCCCACAGCGGAAUACGACACCACGCGAAGAACCUGGUUACCAUCACUGAGGACGAGCAAGACAUGCUCAAGAAAUGCUGCUCUACCUGCCAUCAUCACAUGAUUGUUACUACCGGUGAGAAGAAGAACUAUCACUCUACUGUGGACUCUAAAGAUACUGGUCUCAAGUACAGCAUGUCGAUCUUCGAUUGCGACAGCAAUAUCACGCCAGUUACCAAUGCUGAAGAAUGGCAACGUGCAUUUUCUCCAGAGCACAAGAACACUUGGAACUCGAAGAUAAUGCAAUACUACAUGGGAAUCAAUCAGAAAUUGACCAACGACUAUAUUUCGCCAGAAAUGGGAAGCUGCGGACGUUUGAUAAAGAUGGAACCCAGCAUUGUCUAUCCUACGUCGCAUGUCGAUUUGACCCUACGAGUUAACAUGGACGACGUCGAUCACGUUAACGAUAAGAUGCACAUUCUCAGCGGCAAGAAGAUUAACAUUCGCGGCACCCUCGACGCUAAAGCAGCUUCCACGAACGAGUCUGUACGCUCAUGGGACAUGAACGUGAAUGUCGACAUGUCUCAAGGACAUUUAGCCAACAAUGUCAGAGUCCAAGUGACGCGUUUGACGCCAGGAGAGAAGAAACUGAAGAUCUGCGUAGACGUCCAGAAGAAUUAUCCAGAGACGGAAAAUCUCCCCUAUCCGAAAAUCACCAACAGCAAGGUGGAGACUAACACGAAGAUGACUAUCAGCGCAGGCUAUACGGACGAGGACAAAUGCGUCCGCGAUGAGAUGCUGAUCACCAUGACCAUGAAAGGCGAGAUGUCAGAGCAACAGAAGAGCGAAAUGGCGCACGAUCACGUGCACGGAGCUUGCGUCAAAGACAUAGAAAACCAGUUGUUCGUAGAGAAGGAAAAUCAUGUUCCCAAAACCAUGAACUGCAUCCGCGAGACCAUGUUGUACACGACCAUGAGGAAAUACACCAUCAACGUAUCCUAUAAGAAGGUGCCCGUGUCCAUGCACUCGCAACUCUCCAUGAUCGACGAUCAUUUCCGCGCUACGCACUUGCCGCACGUGAAAUACCUUAACGAACGCGUCGAAGGCGGCAAUGCGAAGAUCGUGAUCGAGCUCCCCUCUGAUCUGAACUACAUCAAUGCAACCGUCAUCACUCCGGUCAAUGGAUACGAAUACAUCGAGAUUCCGAUGCAUCAACACCUCUUCGAGGGCAUGAUCAUGGGGAAACCGACGCCGCAUUCGGGGUGGCACGCCGCCAUGGACAACACUCAUAUUUCUAUAUCCACUUUGAGCAAAGUAACGCAAAGACUUACCAAGAUCUGCACCGUCUACCCGCAAGUCUUGAUCACCUUGGACAACGGCGUGAUUCCAUUCACGGUGCCCGACCAAUGGACCCUCGUGUCCGGUGAUCAUGUCGACCAGACGUACGCUGUCUUCGCGAAGGCCGUGCAAGGUAACAUGAUCGCCGUGAAGGUCUAUAUUGCCGGUCACGAGAUGGAGAUUAUGCCGACCGGCCCGAAUUACGUCGUCACCGUCGACGGCAACGUAAUCGAUCAGUACGAGAAGGGUGUGAUGGUGCCAGAGGACGAGCCGAAAUCUUAUGCGUUCAAACUUGCUAUACACAACGAACAUUUCGUGAUUCACUCGCAACGCGUGCCGGUGAUGGUAUUAUGGGCUCCCAACAGCGUGAGCGUGAUGGUAGAGACCGCGCUGCAGGGUCGCGUGACUGGCGUGUGUGGACACAUGGACGAUAUGCACAAAGAGAGGAUGCCCAAGGUCUACUCUGUCGAGCAUCUUUAAGCCCUAAUUUGAUUAGCACAGAGGAUCUGUACUCUCUUUAGAGUUAAAUUCGACGUAUACUACAAUUUUUCUAAGCUUAUUGACGUAACUCCCACAAGAAACCUUUACUGGAUAACUUUAAAUGCAGCUAACAAAUGGCAAUGUAGAAGAAGUAGAAAGAGAAAUAACGCACAAUAAAUUUUAUUUUUCAAUUUA